AUUGAAAAAAAGAGGAUAUUUUUAUUAACUAUUAAAAAAUUACACUGAAUGCUGAGUUUAUCAUUUAAUAAUGUGUUUUCCUUUAAGUUCUUGUUGUGUGUGUGUGUGGUUGUGUGUUGUUUGUGUGUGUAGGUGUAUGUAUAACCAUAAAUAUAUUAUUCUAUAUAUAUUUAUUGAUUCCAGCGUAUCUCUAUUGAUACUCUCUCUCUGAGCUGUGCUUUCGUUUGUGGUUACGGGUCCGGGUCCGAUUCCGGCUCCGGAUUCUGAUUCAAUUCCGGGUAUUCAGUUUUUUGAGGUGACUGUUUUCUAUAAUUUUUUUCUUUUUGUUUUUGUAUUCAACUUGAAUUUCAUUCACAUUUCCUGUUUACACUAUUCAGAUCUGUUUUCCAUUAUACUGCUGUGACUUUUAUAUAUAUUUCUAUUCUUUAUUCCGUAUGUGGAUGGGUCAAGGUCAGCGCAACUUUCUCCUGGAGAACAAACUGUUGGUGCGUCGUCCGAUGCCAAUGGCGUCGAGGCUGGGGCGCCUGCAGAGAGAUCAACAGGAUCGAUGGGAGCAAUGCCGCCAUUCGAUUCCGAGAGCCGCUUCGCAGGCGCGUCUGAUUGAGACACAGCGGCGUGUGCCCAGUGGUAGACGCCAGGUGGGAGUAACUCGUGGCCGCCAGCCGCAAUCGCAGGAGAAGCAAAUACAAACAGAGGAUAUUUGGGACGAGCAGUUCCUGAAUGCGGCGCUGCUCAAAUGCUGUCGUCGCAGCGAGGGAGACGAGCCGUUCAACGAUGAUGAUGGUGAGGAUGCCAUUGCACGCUUACGGGGCACUGCAUCCAAUUUUGAGAUGGGCAGAUUUGCCGCUAUGCAACACAAACGGUGGUUGCUGGAUGCCCGCGGCUUGAAGAAAAAAGAUUACGAUAAAGAGGAGGGGGAGAAGAAGCACCGGCAAGUGGUGCUACAGCUUGCCAUACCGGACAUCACCGAUGUGGAGCAGGAGCCACAACUGGACCAGUCCUUGAGUGCCCAUUCAAAUGCCUCCAGCUAUGAAAUGCCGCCCACAAAAGUAACUGCAGCUGCUUCCGCUGCUGCUGCUGCAGAUGAUGUGAGCUCGCUGCACGUGCAGCACGUGCAGGAGCAAGAGCGGGAGCAGGAGCAGCAACGCGUCGCUUUGCUCGGAGCGGCGCAGGCGCGCCAUAGGGAGCUGAUCUGGGAGUACAAUCGAUUACCAUUGUCGAUGGGCACGCUGCGUGUGCGCAGGCUAAAGACGCAACUGGAACAGCAGCUUGACCGGAUUGACAGUGAUCUGUGCAUGCUGAAUUUGCCGAUAUAUCACCAUCGGCAGGCGCGAUCAGUGACAGCAAAUCUUUAGUACAUUUAGUGCGGUGUUCUUUUGCCUUGAAUCCAGCAUUAAGCCCACUUUAUGGACGAAAAAUUGCAUUAUAUUCCACUUGCGGAACAUAAAAACAAAAAGGUCUGCUGAAAAUUAAAAUUAUUUUUGAUUCACAA